AUGCUUUCUCGGGCCAAGCCGGCCGUCGGGGGAACCCCGCCGCCGGGGGACAAGCGGAGGAAGCAAGGGAAGAAGGUUCCGCAGCUAGAAGAGCUCCUGGCCCUGAGGGACUUUACUGGCGCCAUCACCUUGCUGGAGUUUAAACGGCAGGUGGGUGAGCAGGAGGAGGAUGCUGACCUUUGGAUCGCAUACUCAGCCUUUCACUUGGGUGACUACAAGAGAGCACUGAAGGAAUAUGAGGCCUUAACCAAAAAUCCAGCUUGCAGUCCAGAUGUUUGGGUGAACCUUGCUUGUACAUACUUCUUUCUGGGAAUGUAUACACAAGCAGAACAAGCAGCCUUGAAAGCACCAAAGAGUCAACUCCAGAACCGUGUCCUCUUUCACCUGGCACAUAAGUUCCGUGAUGAGAAGAAACUGAUGAGCUUUCACCAGAAUCUGCAAGACAUUACAGAAGAUCAGCUUAGCUUGGCAUCUAUCCACUACAUGCGGUCCCACUACCAAGAAGCCAUUGAUAUCUACAGGCGCAUUCUCCUCGAUAAUCGGGAAUACCUGGCUCUGAAUGUGUAUGUGGCCCUAUGUUAUUACAAGCUGGAGUACUAUGAAGUGUCACUUGAAGUGCUAUCUGUUUAUCUUCAGCGAGUUCCUGAUAGCAUCAUUGCUCUUAACCUUAAGGCUUGUAACCGUUUCCGACUCUCUGAUGGGAAGGCUGCCGAGGCAGAGCUCAAGAACUUGACAGACAGUGCCUCAUCGUCUCUGGAGUUUGGCAAGGAGCUCAUUAAGCACAAUCUGGUGGUGUUCCAAGGAGGGGAAGGGGCUUUGCAGGUCCUGCCUCCUCUGGUUGAUGUUAUUCCUGAGGCAAGACUGAAUCUUGUGAUUUACUAUCUCCAGCAAGGUGAUGUGAAGGAGGCUUAUAACCUGAUUAAGGACCUGGAACCUACAGCUCCACAGGAGUAUAUCCUCAAAGGAGUGGUAAAUGCAGCACUUGGACAAGAAAUCAACUCGAGAGAUCAUCUGAAAAUUGCUCAGCAGUUCUUCCAGUUGGUGGGUGAAUCAGCCAGUGAAUGUGAUACCAUUCAAGGGAGGCUGUGCAUGUCCACCUGCUUCUUUCUUCUUAAACAGUUUGGCAAUGCCCUGAUUUACCUCGACUCAGUCAAGAACUACUUCCACAACGAUGACACUUUUAACUUCAACUACGCCCAAGCCAAAACUGCCACGGGCAGUUUUGCUGAGGCUGAAGAGGUGUUCCUUUUGAUCCAGAGUGAGAAGAUAAAGAAUGAUUUUGUUUACCUUAGCUGUCUAGCUCGCUGCUAUAUUAUGAAUAAGAAACCACAACUGGCCUGGAAGCUCUAUGAGAAGAUGGAGACCUCAGGGGACUCCUUUAACCUGUUGCUGCUCAUUGCAAAUGAUUGCUACAGAAUGCGCCAGUUUUACUAUUCAGCCAAAGCAUUUCAUGUUCUGGAGAGUCUGGACAGUAAUCCUGAAUACUGGGAAGGCAAGAGAGGGGCUUGUGUUGGUGUAUUUCAAAUGAUCGUAGCUGGCAGAGAAGCAAAAGACACUCUCCGGGAAGUACUGCUCCUCCUGAAGAGCACUAGGAGUCCUCAAGCAGCAUACAUUGUCCGCAUCAUGAAAAAGUGGGCCAAGGAGAACAGAGUCCCUGUCUAA